AUGGCUUUUUACCCAAAGCAAACCGCUCGGGAUGCUCUCGAAGUAGGACCUCGCGGUAUUUGCGAGGGCAAGACCAGCGCCGAGCUCCGCUCCGAGCCGCCCAUUGUACAGGCCAGUUGA